AUGGCGGACGAUAAUUCCUGGGUGUUUGACUCGCUGGUAUGCUUUCUGCAUGGUCCCGUGUGGAAUGCUCCACUGCAAACCUUCAUCGAGGAUAAAUCGAUUAUUUUCGAUCCCAACCUACAGCCGGAUGAGAGCAACCCCGAGUUUCGAAAGGUGCACGAUGAGUAUAAGAAUCUGGUCGACUAUAUGCUGGGUUCGUUCAUGGAAGAGAUGCAAAUAACGCCGGAACAGUUUGAGUUUGCCUGUCUAGAGGGUCGUCACGUGGCCAAUCUUGGCGGUGGUGCUACACGCAAUGCGUCCGCUGGCACAUCGCGUGAAGAGCGGACAGAACAGUCCGGUGCUGCCAGCACGUUUUCCUUUCAUCAGGGUCUGUUUCAGCAGAUAUGGGCCGCUAACGAUAUACGCAUCUUCAUACGCAUGAUGGUACAGCGUAACGUGGAACUUCAGCUGCAGGCGUUGGAUUUAAUCGAGCGACGUUCUCAAAGCUUGUCCAAGCGUGACGCAGAAACUGAAGGACCCGAUCAUGCUGAUGACGCACUGCCAGAAUUGGAGCUAAAUAUAGACCGUGAGCUAAAGUAUCCCCCAGAGGAUCAGGACAUCGAGCGGGAUAUCUUAAGGUCGGUCGAAAACGAACUGCAUACUUCGGUACCGGAUGCUGAAGGAGUUGCACCGGUGUUGGACCGGCAAUCUGUGCUGGAGCAGACGCUUGCCAACGGUGAGCUGACGGCGGGAGAAAAGGAUAAGUUUCAACGUUUGAAUUUGUUUUUCGAUCAGGAGAAGAUUAACAACGAAGAUAUAAAAGCGCGUCAAGAGUAUUUGCGCUCCCAGCGGGACAAAAUACUGAACAUCAAGAAGCAGGCCCGAGCUCGUCAGCUGAACGAAACGAUUCGCAAAAACGAUCGUCCAACGUCGGCCCAGGUAGCACAAAAGUUUUUGGACGGUGAAACGGAAUCGGUAUCGGUGGAACCACCGGAAGGAUCGCUCCAACUUCGAAAGCUGCUGGCUCAACGGUUAAGGAACGAGGUAGCUAUCGAUAAGGAGUAA